AUUUCAUUGUGAGUGAAUCUCUACUCGUGCGAUACAAACAUUUUAAAGAUCAUUUACAUUCCACUAAAAACAUGGCCGAAGCAGACGAUGUCCCUCCAUUGGAGGAUAUGUCAGAAAUGUUGCAACAGGUUGAGCAACUGAGAGAACAUAAAAAGAAAGGCAUGCCAACAAACGGGACAUCACAUCAUCACAUAGAGCAGAAUGGAACAAAAGUGAAUAUAAAAGAUGAUCACACAAAAACACACAGUGACAAAACGACAACAAAAACAGUAAAGAAAGAAGAGACCAUGCCUACAGCUAAAUCAGGGGGAGACAAUAACGGAGGAUUUGGUGGAAUGAAAAAAGGCUUUCUUUUCGGAGGAAAUUCAUCCAAGUCCAAACCUAAAAAAAGUGAAAUUGUGAACAAGAAACAAACAAAAAAAGACUCAGAUGAUUUAACAUUUAUAAAAAAGGACGAACAGGAGACAUCAUCACAGUUCAAAUUUCCAGAGGUAGAGCAGGCUAUGAAACAGACCUCCAGUCUCCUGGACAACAAAGAGUGGGUGACAGAUGAAUUACUGGAGAAUGUACAGAAAAAUGAACGCCUUGCCCGCCGCCUUCAGGAUCCAACCUUUGCCCGUGCCCUCACAGAGUUCCAGACCAACCCUCAAGCUGCGGCCCUCAAAUACCAGAACAAUCCGGAAUUCCAGGAGACAUUUCAAGACUUCUGUGGAAUAAUGGGAGAUCAUUUUGGUAAGAUGGGUGAAAACUCACCUGGUGCUGGUGCACCAAUCCCCCCACCUAAGGUCCAGGAGCUCCACACCAAAACACCAGGGGGCGGAGCUGACCUGUCAGUCAGGAGUUCUACCAACCCCAAUCAACCAACUGCUGAAGACGAAAGGAAAAUGCAAGAUAUAUUAUCCAACCCAGAAAUACGGGACAUCAUGAUGGAUCAAUGGAUACAAAAAUUGUUUGAGAAAAUGCGGACUGAUCCAGUUUCUGGACAAAGGUUCCUCCAAGAAGCUGAUGUUGACAAAAAGAAAAAAAUCCAGAAACUUGUUGACGCAGGGUUACUACAGUUCCAGAGAUGAUGUUGACAGAUGAUAGCUCUGAGCUACCCCCAAUGUCUGUAUAGACCGAAUGUGUAGGUACACCCAACUGAAGGCAGCCAUGUAAACACUGUCACAAUGACAGAAGCAGGUUGAACAUUAUAAAUGGACGCAAAGUAAGGGAGAUUACCAGUGAUUUGCGUUUGUCUCCAAGUUUAACCGAUGUACAGUGUAUAUCCAUGGAAACCGGACUAUUUCACAAUCAGUCAAUUUGAUACCAACAAGGAAUUUUAAUCGAUUAAAAUUCAAUCUUGUUCAAUACACUUGUUGUGAUAAGUUGUUGGACUGUAACUGUACAGUUGGCUGAUGUUAUACAUUAAGGCUCUCCAUGGUUAAUUGCUUUGUAACUGCUGAAUUGAUGAUCUGUUUUCUGUAAAAAAAAAAAAAAACACCACAGGAGCUGUCAUUGUUAACACAGCAAUAUUCCUUUUAUAAAAGUUCAAUGAACAAUAUUGUUAACAGCCAUGAUAGAACAACAAGAACCAUCUGACCUGUAAACAUGCUUACAAUGAAAUGUGUUACUACUGUCGAAAAUAAAGCUAAUUAUUUUCAUAUUG